UUCUCAGUGUUUAACCUAAUUUUUUCGAGACCAAACGAAAAAGUGUGCUGAAAGCACGUGGUGUAAACUAGUUACCUAGAUCAAUGCGUGUUAACGUAGUUUAGCUGAAAAGCACAGGCAAACACUUGAAAUCCUAAAAAUGAUCACCUGUGUCUUUUGUAAAAAGAAAUUGGAUACAUUAAGAGGCUAUGUACUACAUUGCAAAGUGCAUAGGAAUGAGCCCCGUUGUCUUUUUAAGUGUGUUGGCGCUAACUGUAGUCAAACAUUUACCACUUACUCCGCUUUCAAGGGCCAUUUUUAUCGGGUGCACAAUGCUCCCCAAGCUGCUCCUAUAGCUGUUGUUGCGGAUUUAAAAUGUGCAGUUUCAUUAUGUGUCCGCCAUUUUCACACGGUGAAAGAGCUAGUGUCUCACUUAAAUGAUCAUAUUGGAGAGGGCAGGUCUGUGUCGUGUCCAGUAAGUGGUUGUAAGUACGUGUUUACAAAAAAAUCGUCAUUUACUUCUCACAUGUGUAGAAAGCAUAAAUCAUGCUCCCCAGAUGGUAUCGAUAACAUGUACCGGGAAACUCGCCCUCAGCCCCCAGAUGUAAUUGACAGUACAGAUGAUUCAGAAAACACACAUGAAGCCAUGCCAACAGCUAGUGCAGCCAGUGAUAUGCCAGAGAAUGAUAGUCAGGCUUAUCUCAGAAACAUGUCUCUCUUUUACCUUAAACUGCAAGGACAGCUGCUAAUUCCUGCUUCUACUAUACAGACUAUUGUUGAGGAAAUGCAAAAUGUGCACGAGUUAGGUCAAGCCUAUACAAUAGCUAAAGUAAGUUCUUUUUUAAAAAAUGAUAUGAGCCUAUCAGAUGAAGCAGUCUCUAAAAUCUGUGACUGCAUUAAAGAGUCAGAUUUGUUCUCUGCUUGUCAUCAGGGACAAUUAAGAACAACGUACUCUAGAAAUCAGACAUUCACAAAAAUGUUUAAAUACACAGAACCCCAAAAAGUGCCAUUGGGAACGGAUGACAACAUGACACAAAAAUGUGCUUACUACAUACCAGUGGCAGAAACUCUGAAGAGUUUUUUACAGUCACGUUUAGGGAGGAAUACACAGUCACAACAGUUUGGAGAUCCUGAUGUAGAGGUUUUUACGGAUUUAUAUGAUGGACAAAAUUUCAAAUGUCACAAGUUCUUCAAUGAAAACCCUAAAAGCCUCAAACUGAUUUUGUACCAAGAUUCAUUUGAAAUUGUGAAUCCCCUGGGUUCUGCUAAAAAGAAGCACAAAGUUCUUGCAGUCUAUCUUUCAUUAGCAAAUUUACCCAUUCAUUUGCGUUCAAAUACUGAUAAUAUGUUUUUAGUCUUGUUGUGUGUUGAGGAUGACCUUAAGCGUUUUGGAGUAGCCAAAGUUUUCUCAGAGUUGUUGGCAGAUCUGAAAUCCUUGGAAACCGAAGGAAUAAAUGUAGAUGGAGAAACAGUAAAAGGGGGGCUUUUCUGCAUUGCUGGGGAUAACUUGGGUUCUCAUUGCAUAGGUGGAUUUACAGAGAACUUCAGCCGCUCUCAAUAUUUUUGCAGGUACUGUGAAAUCACCAGAAGUGAGUUUGUGGCUGAUCCGAAUGUCUGUGGUCCUCCACGCACCCCAGAGACGUAUGACGCAGCUGUUGCUGAUCUCCAGGCAGAAAACAUCCAAGACGUCAGAGGGAUAAAGGUGCCAUUUUUUCUUCAGUGCAAUAUGACUGACUCAGAGCGAACCUUCCUAGAUGUUGCCAUCAUGGACGCCCUACCACAACUUCAAGCAGUAAACAAAAACAUCCUGGAAGAGCACUUGCAGUCCAUUGGAGUUGAGACGUAUGAUGAUUUACGCUUCGUAACGGAGGCAGAUUUAAUGACAGCGUUAAGACCUGUAGAAGCCAGGAAGCUGCUUGCUGUUUGGAAACGGAAAUACCACACUCCUGAGAACAGCUCUCUGUCAUCUGUGGAAGCCUCGCCUACCCAAUCGCUGCCAUCGCUCUCUGUUUCACCCCAAAGUUCAUCGUCAAGCACCUCCAGCAGCCCAGGACUUGACACACAGUGGGAUGAAAACUUUGAAAUUCCAUGGAGUAAAUUUCCUGAGGAAGUGAUGCAGGCUUUAGAGAGGGGGAAAAGGCCAGGCCCAAAACUAAGAAGGCAAAUGGUCCGAAUUGUUGUGACUGAGAUGAUGGAAAAAUGCCCUCAUGUAGGUAAAAAACAUUCAACUGACGUUGCAACAAAAAUGGUUGCAAAAUAUCCCAGUUCUCUCCAAGAUGUAAUAGAGGGCGAUAUUGUUGGAAAAGGCUACCAUUCCCUUGUCAAACAGUUGCAAAACAGAAUUGAAAAUGUCAGGCGCACUUCAACACCCAAAAUAAGAAAAAGAAAACAUCAGACUGAUGACUCGGACCACACAGACGAAAUCCCAAUAGAAGAGAGAGCAGCGAUGCAGGACACGUAUGGAUGCAUUAAAUGGAAUGUCAAAUUUCUGCCCCUUGAAGAAACUCAAGAGACUCAGCGGCAAAAGAUGGAAAAACUCAAGGUGAUGUUCCAACACAUCGAUGUCAAUCCAGAGGAGGUAAAAUGUCUAAUGAAGUCCACAUUUUACACACAGCGUCAACAUGUCAACCAGGGAAAAAGUAUCAAAUGCCUUAGAGAGCAGUGGCCGUUUUGGUUUGAUGAACUUGGCAUGUCAGUUCACUUUAUGGAACUCACUGGGAUUGACCUCAAAGAGACAUUUACACGAAAUUUGGAUUUGAAGGGAAAAAGACUUCUCGACUACAUGACCACAGUUUUUGUCAACAAGAGCAAGACUUUCCUUCAGAAUUAUGCAAGGCUUCAGAGGAUGCGGGGACUGCAGAGUGGCUGUUCAGAUGAUGUGAUAGAGAUGACCCUGCUUCUACUCAGUUACUUUGAUGAGAAGGAGGAGUCCAUGUUCUUCCAUGUAGAAGAUACAUGUCUUGCAGAAGAGGUCCAACUGGAGCAAGUGCCUCUGACACCCACUGUUAUUGUCUGUGGACAAUCCUGCUAUUCCUCCACAAGGUACAUGCUGAGUCUGGAUCGGAACCUUAUCAACACAAACAUCUCCUCCUUCAUUUCUGCAUUGUGCCUCAUGUUUGGGAGCUACUACUGUUUUAAUAUUCAUUAUCCAUCUGAGCUGGCUUCAACUCUAGAGUUUCUUCAAAGGUGUUUCUUCUCGAUAAACCCAGAAAAAGGAACCAAGGUAGAGAAUAAAAACUCCAAGCGUCGUCUCACCGUGAACCCUCGAGUCCUCACCCUGAUACAGGAACUCUCCGAUCACGAGUGGCGUUAAGCCUAAAUAUGGACUCUUUCUGUGGACUCUUGACUGUUGUUUGAGCAGAGGUACUGUCAUUUUUCUUUGUUAAAUACACAAUGUGUAUUCUGUUUAUUAAGGUACUAUAUCCUUUUUUUUGUUUUAAAGUCUAAAAGGUGCACUAACCUCUCUGUUUGAAAAGAGGUACUGUUAUUUUUCUUUAAUUACACAAUGUGUAUUAUGUUUAUUAAGGUACUAUAUCAUUUUUGUUUUGAAGUCUUAAAGGUGCACUAACUUCUCUGUUUGUUUGAGAAGAGGUAUUGUUAUUUUUCUCUUUGUUAAAUACACAAUGUGUAUUAUGCUUAAGGCACUAUAUAAUUUUUUGUUUUAAAGUCUUGAAGGUGCACUAGCUGCUUCUGGUCGAGAGUCCGCCACCUGCUUUUUUUCGUGAAAAUGUUCUUGCUUUGCGGGAAUGUUCCACAGUAUAAUAUGAUACUUAUCUUGCAUGUAUUCAAUUAGAACAGUUUUUAUUGCAAAAUAAUACCUUAACAAAUGUGCAUUCUUACUGUGAGGGGGCUCGCCUCUCCACAGAUAUGACCUGUAACUUGGCCUUUUGGCAUCACAAAUUUGUCUCCAUGGAGAUAGAUAAGUUUUAUGCCAUACUGUGGAACAUUCCAGACAAGGUUGUUGUGAAUUGGGUUGUUGUUGUGCGCCAGGCACUUAAACUUUGUGACCGGUAAAUGUAUACAUUUUAAAGAGGGUAAUCUACUUGAAUAUUUCAACUUUUAUUCGGUCAAAGUUUAAAUAACUAUUACAUGUAGCUUCUUUGCAUGUUGUAUACAGGUAGGUUAAAGAAAAAAUGUGUUCAAUUGUUUUAUGCUACACUGUGGAACAUUCCAGACAAGGUUGUUGUGAGUUGGGUGGUUGUUGUGCGCCUGACACUUUAACUUUGUGACAGAUAAUGUCUAGAUUUAAAGAGGCUAAUGCACUUGAAUAUUUCAACUUUGAUUUGGUCAAAGUUUAAAUAACUAUUACAUGUAGCUUCUUUGCAUGUUGUAUACAGGUACAUUGAAAAGAAAUGUGUUCAAUUGUUUUAAGCUGUACUGUGGAACAUUCCAGACGGGGAGCGUGUGGGUUGUUAUGUGCCUGGCACAUAAACUUGUUCCAAACUUUGAAUAAAAAUUCAUCCAAUUGUUUACAACUCUUGAC